CUCUAAGUUGCAGCACAUAUUCAAUCCUAUCAAACUUGAAAACAUACCUAUAUAAAGAAUGUCGUAGUGAAUCUUAAGUUUCAAGCCUUCAGCAUAUUCAGUCAUCCUUCACCUUGUUGUGUGUGCACAUUGUUAGUACAAUUGCAAUGGCUCUCAUUCGCUUCCUCCUUCCCACAUGUAUGGUUUUCUUUUCAUUGCUAAUCGUCAAUGCCUCUGCUACUAAUUAUGGCUAUGGUCCAAAACCACCACAGGUUCAGAAACCAAAACCUCCACAGCUCCAGAAACCAAAACCGCCACAGGUGGAGAAACCAAAACCAGAUCAGUUGUAUGGAGAGAUACUACCUCACAAUCUCUUCGGCAUUCAAGGGCUUGUUUUAUGCAACUCUGGCUCUAAAGCCUUCCCAAUUCAAGGAGCUGUGGCCAGGAUUACCUGUUUGGGUAAGGACGAAAAUGGGUACGAGACUGCACCUCUCUCCAUCUUAAGCGGUGCAACUGAUGCAAAGGGUUACUUCUUUGCAACAUUGUCACCUUCAAAGCUUGUAGGCAACUACAACAAGAAGUGGAAGCUCACAAAGUGUACUGCAUUCCUUAACAAUUCUCCAUUGGAGAGCUGCAAAGUCCCCACUGAUGUCAACCAUGGUAUUAGUGGUGCUCCGCUUGCUUCUUAUCGCCCUCUCAAUGCCAAGAACAUGAAGUUGUUCUCUGUUGGACCCUUCUUCUACACCUCAGAACCUAAACCAGCCCCUAAAGGCUAUUAAUUUAUUAAUUAUGUUCUACAUUUACUAAUUUGGAGUUGAAUGGGGAAGGGGAAAGGAUAUUGAGUCUUCAUCGUUGUUGUAUGCUUUAUUUCAUUACUGGCAAGUGGUUUUACACUCUGCCAUCUCGGAUAUUUGUAAUAAGCUUUGCUCUGUUAGAGCAUGCCUAUUUUUGUUUUGCUAAUAUA